UCCCACGGUCAAGACGCCAUAAGCACCCCCACAUAUUAAAACAGCAAACAGUGAAAGCGAUUGGAAAUAAGCAGAUUGAUCGAUCUUAUGGUUUCUUUAUUCAUUUAACCAACAAAAUCUUCUUUUAACUCCGACAAUGCCUUCAAUUAAAAGCCUAACGAUGACUUACGACGCGCUGAAUGAGCACGGGACGUUUUCGGAGGGGGACACCCUCGCUGGGAAAGUAACACUGGCUUUAUUAAAGGAGACCACAGUCGAAAGCUUGUUUGUAAAAGCUAAAGGAGACGCAGAAGUGUGCUGGACGAAAAAGAGCGGCGAUCGCACCUAUACAUACUCGUCACACAAGAGAUACUUCAAAUUGAAGCAGUUUCUAAUCCCAGAGGACUCGGACACUGUGGUUCCCCAAGGAACCCAUGUCUAUAAAUUCAACUUUAAAAUACCACCAGGGAGCAUGCCUUCAUCAUUCAGGGGGAGUCAUGGAAAGAUUGUCUACAAGCUGGAGGCCAAGCUUUCUAGGAGUUGGAGAAUUGACCGCACAGUAGAAAAAGACAUACAUUUCGUCUCCAAGUCCUUUCCAAGUCUUAAUUCUCUGAUGUCUCGCCAAGUUGGUUCAACAAAGAAAGAGAUGGGGCUUUUCUCAAGAGGACACGCAAACAUGGAUGUCAUUGUUGACAAGAGGGCCUAUGCCCCAGGUGAAACAAUGGCAAUUCUUGCAAAGAUCAACAAUUCCUCAUCCAGUGAGAUGACACCCAAAUUCAAUUUAAUCCAGGAUGUGGUGUACCGUGCCAACGGAAAUACCAAACAUGACUGCAAUGUUAUCCACAAAGUGGUUGACCACUGUAUUAAAUCUCAAACACAGAAGGAUGUCAGGUGUGCCAUGAAGAUUCCUCGUGAUCUGAUACAAACAAUCCAGAAUUGUGACAUUAUCUCAGUGGAGUACCACUUAAAGGCAUAUCUGGACAUCAGCUUUGCUUUUGAUCCAGAGAUCAUUUUCCCAGUGGUCAUUAUUCCUCCAGACCUCACUCGAGGCCCUCAGCCUGGUGUGGCUGCACAUACACAUCCAGCUGGAGCAGUUGGGGGCCCGAGCAACAGCGAUUUCCCUCCACCUGCCAUGUCUAUGGGUCCUUAUCCUGCAUCCCCAUCCUCAGGCAGUUAUAGAUACCCAGGAGCCCAAAGAUAUUCAGCACCACCGCCUGUGUACCCAGGUAACUCACCGAUGUACCCUGCUCAGCCAGCUUACCUGAGUGGGGGUUACAAUAAUCCAGUGCCGCAUGGGGCUUCUCCGUAUGGAUCUCCAUUUUCAUCUUCAUCAUCGUCCUCUGUACUUCACCCUCCACCCACUGCCCCAACAUUUCAACCAUCCCCAUCUGCCCCAGAGAUCCACCCAUCCCCUCCUCCUCCAACCUUUGACAUUUCCCCAAGUGCUCCCUCAUACUACCUGCUGCCUUCUGCACCAAUGAUGAACACAGACUUCCUGUCUCAAAUGGAUGAAGCUCCUCCAGCAUAUUCACUUCUUUUCCCGUCUUCUGCUACUGACGAAUCUGAUGCAAAACAAUAGAAUGUAUAAUAAAUGACUGAAUCACUUCAUUAAUUUUUAAGUAAAACACUAAUUUUUAGUUAAAAAUGUGAACUCUGAUCAACUAAAUUCUGUCUUUAAUACUUUAUUUAUGUUGUUAAGCUUGAAGUAUGAAUUUAAAAUGAAAAUGGCAUUGUGCAGUAUUUACCGCACCAUAUAAACUAUAAGCAAAACAGGACUUCUGCAAUGUGUUAAUGUGGUUUCCUGGUCAGUUCAGGUUUAUAUUUUGCUUUGCCCAGCUGCUCAACUUCAGCCAUCAGGAUACACUGUGUAUUUCAGGUGCCUUGUUCAACUCAAGUGUCCUAGAUUGAUUUGUUUUUAAGUGUUAAAGGUUAUACCUAUUCACUCUACCUCACACUUCUGUUCGAAGGCUGGUUAGUAAAAAAUGGACAACAUGUAGUGUACUGUAUCAAGAAAAACAAUCAGUUUUAUGUUUGUUAAAAGGCCAAAUAAACAUUUCUCUAUAUUUUUCAGACUGUUUAAUAUAACAUCAGACAACUACUUCUGUCUAUUUAAUUACUACUUUGCAAAUUUGAUUUGUUAUACUAACAAACUGCAA